AUGUCAAGUUCCAAGAUACAAGAGCUGCAAGCAAAAGUCGUAACGCUUGAGGAGGAGCGUACCAUAUUAGAGCCCCUCAUUGAGGUUGGAGUCGCAGUCAGAAAAAGGGUUUUUGAGCAAGCUAAAUAUGCAGUCUCACUGGGUGAGAUAUUCAGUCGAGCCGAUCAUAAGAUCAUUAGAGAAGGAAACGAUCACUGUCACCGAGCAAAAUGCUUGGCUGAUGCAGCUAUUUUCAAACUUUUCUACCUAUCAGGAUCCAGCAAUGAAGCUCUUUACAACAAAAUAUACUAUAUUGAUUCACAGGCAGAUCACUACUUCACUGGAGAGCCUAGUGACAUGGCAGACACUGGUGAAUGGGGUCGUAGUGCUGAAGAGCCUGAUGACAUGGCAGGCACUGGUGACUGGACCGUUCGGGUGCCUGGUGACAUGGCAGGUACUGUUGAUUGGGAUUAA